CUUUUGGCUCUAUACUCAGAGUUCUACACAUUUGGAUCACAGCUAACAUGCAUAAGGUAGUGCACCCAGAUGGAGGUUUGCCGCAUAUUAUUCUAAAUAUACAAACAUAAAAUAACCAUUGAUCACAUGGAGUAGACAGGAUAUGCCUCUAAAGAGCUCUGCUGAAAUAUCCACAUAUGUUCUGUAUCUAAACUGAACUGGUGAGGAGAUGAAAGCCGAGUUGAUCGUUUGGAAAACUGGUUCUGUCUGGGACUUAAGAGAAAGUGCUGAAAUACCUUUUGAGUAUCUUCCUGCAAGAUGUAUCAGAGAUCUCAGUGAAAGCCAGUUGUCCUAAUUCUUCCCAGCCAAGUUCUGUAGUCGGAGGAAUUCUGGAUAGCCUCACAUUUACCGUCUGAAUUUUAAGACGUCGCUUCAAGGUCGGCGAUGCUCUGUGACAACCUUUAGUGCCGCGGGGGAAAGGGAAGGUCGCGGCGUAAAUUGCCACCGGGAAGACAUCGGGGUCGAUCCGUGCAGCGGCAGGUUACAGCACCGUGGCUUUCGAUGGGACUCCGAGCUACGGCCACACGCCGUCUCACCACGCUGCACAGUUUACAAACCACUCAUUCAAACACGAGGACCCCAUCAGCCAGCAGACCUCGCUAGGGGACCAGCAGUACUCGGUGCCUCCCCCGGUGUACGGCUGUCACACCCCCACGGACAGCUGCACGGGCAGUCAGGCCCUGCUCCUCCGGACCCCCUACAACAGUGACAAUUUAUACCAAAUGACCUCACAGCUUGAAUGCAUGACAUGGAAUCAAAUGAACUUGGGAUCCACACUGAAGGGCCAUACGGCAGGAUAUGAAAAUGAGAACCACAGUGCUCCCAUGUUAUACAGCUGUGGGGCCCAAUACAGAAUACACACCCAUGGAGUUUUUAGAGGCAUACAAGAUGUCCGACGGGUGCCAGGAGUAGCACCAACUAUUGUCCGAUCAGCAAGCGAGACAAAUGAAAAACGUCCCUUCAUGUGCGCAUACCCUGGCUGUAACAAGAGAUACUUUAAGUUGUCCCAUUUACAGAUGCACAGCAGAAAGCACACUGGUGAAAAACCCUAUCAGUGUGAUUUUAAGGACUGUGAACGAAGAUUUUCUCGUUCAGACCAACUCAAACGGCACCAAAGACGACACACAGGUGUGAAACCCUUCCAGUGUAAAACCUGUCAGAGAAAGUUCUCCAGAUCUGAUCAUCUGAAGACUCAUACCAGGACUCAUACAGGUAAAACAAGUGAAAAGCCUUUCAGUUGCCGGUGGCCCAGCUGUCAAAAAAAAUUUGCCAGGUCUGAUGAAUUAGUUCGUCAUCACAACAUGCACCAGAGGAACAUGACUAAACUGCAGUUGGCCCUUUAGACAGUUCAAACAAGUGAAUAAACCAGAUGGGACACUAUGAGCUACUGCAAACUUUAUCAGCCAUCUUCGAUCACCUCUGUCAGAAAGCUGCAGCUGUCUUCGCAUCCCAUUUGACACAAGUUAACUAAACCGUAGGAUUCUGCUCAGCUUUGUCUUCCAUUUGGACUUACAAAAUUUCUUAUCCAAAAAGUUCAGAAGAUUUUUGUUUGUGAUUUUGUUAAAAAGUGAGCAAGAUUGCCGCAGUUUUAAGAUUACUCUAACCUAUGCUUACCUUCCAUGGGUGUUUCCAGUUUUCUGUUUUUAUUUUCGCUUGAACUUUUCUAGGUACAUUUUAUUCUACCUUUUUAAGUCCAGCAGCAGGCAGGGUGAUUAGUCCCUGUUGAAGGUAAGCUUUAUGCUUACUACUUUUGUGCAUAUCCUGAAGUUUCCAAAUGCUAGUACAGUUAUCCUCACCAGAUGAGACAGAACAAUCAACUGAGAUACUUUCGGUAAGCUUUGUACUCGUACUGCCAAAGGGCAAGCUUUUAAAGUUGGAAGCAAUGCUUCUGAAUUUCACAAAUCAAACCUUUUUUUAAAGAAAUUAUUUCUAUAGCAGCUAAAGCUAGAUGAACCAGAACCUCUGUACAGAAAAUAAGAAUCUUACCAUUAAGUUAACUUGUUUUUUAAAUAAUCACAUAAUUGAUCCCUCCAAACUGUUUCGUUUGUCAAAUAACUCUCUUUCCCUCCAUGCGCCCCCCCCCCCCUUUUAAUGUAUUGGUUUAAAUUUAUUCCAUCAUGCGAUGCAUAGAUCUCCUUUACACAAAAGUGAUUCCAAUCAUUGUAGACAUUUGGGAUUUGUUUACAAUGUAAAGCCACACUGGUUAUGUGGCUAGCAAGCUGUAUAAACUUAAAACUGAACUUUUAAUGGGGCUGGUCCAGGAUCUCCAUUAACAGAUUACUCUUAAGAUAAGUAACUUAAAAAGACUCUUUGUCAAGUAUAUGUGAAAAAGACAUUAUUAGCGUAAGGAAAUAUAUUGUUUCAGGGUUUUGGGAGGAGGGGUUUAUUAUUUACUUUUAAUUGCUUGAAAUUGUGUGUAUAUAUAUAUCUGAUAAUGUAUUGCUCUUAGACAUCUAAAAUUAGAAAGUGUAUAAAUAUUAGAUGCAUCACUGUUCUGAUGUUGUUGCUGUUACAAACUAUUGAUAACACUAAGAAUGUAACCUGCAUUUUUCACUGAGCUUUCAAUUAAAGCCCAUUCAAAGAGAAACAAAUGAGA